AUGGACAUGGAGGACGUCGAGCACUUAGAUGAAGCGCUCCGACGCAUGACCGCAACGUAUUUCCCCAAGCGACCUGCUAGCAAGGUGCGUCAGUAUCUCUGGAAGACCCGCAAGCCGUCCAACAUGUCGGUGGAGGAGUACGUCGCGCGCUUGCACCAGAUCAACGAGUUGAUGCAGUUCCUGCCACCACCGAACAACCGCCUGACCAAUCACGAAUUGCGCGAGAUUGUCGGGUCGAACAUGCCGGCGGUGUGGCAGAAGAAGUACGAAGAGAGAGGUCAAGACUAUGAGACGCUGGAGGAGUUGGUCAAUGGCGGUAACAGUGCAGAGCAAAAGCGUAGCAAGAAGCAAGGCGACGCUCCGCGUAAGUGGUGCGAGUUUCACAAGUCUCGCAGCCACGACACCAGGGAUUGCCGCGCCAAGAACAAGAUUAAGGAGAAGGCGCACUUCAUGGACGUGGAAGUGACGGAGACGUGCUACAACAUCGAGGACGGCAAGACUCGAUUGGUGAGAGCCUUGGCUAGCUUCGGGUCAUCGCGCUCUCUCUGCUCGUAUGAGCUUCUGCCUGAUCUGCGCACGCUUACGCGCUACACGACAAAGUGGCUGACUAAGGGGGCCGCUUCGAGACUGUUGGAACUGCUCCAAUGCGAUUCAAGUUCCCUGAUUUCAAACUGA